UCCCAAGAAAAGCUGUUUCUCUUUCCUACUCCGAUUAUUGGAUUCUUCGAGAGAAGAAGUAGCAGCGAUGUCGCAGCAAGGUCAAAUUCCGAUAAACCCCAUGGUUCCUCCGCAGAACCCUAUGGCUGCCAUGCAGGUUCCCAUGCCCAUGCACAUGCAGAUGCAGAUGCCCAUGCCAUUACCCAUGCAGAUGCAGAUGCCUCUCCCCAUGCCGCUCCAGAUUCCCUUCUCCAUCCACGACGCUGCCGCCUCCUCCGGUAAGCGCCGUCGCGAUGACGAGGCUCCCGGAACCGCUGCCGCGACGGAGCAGUCUGCGGCGAAGCGCGCCAAGGGACAGGACGUUAUAUUCAGGAUCGUCGUGCCCUCGCGCCAGAUCGGCAAGGUCAUCGGGAAGGAGGGGUGCCGCAUACAGAGGAUUCGAGAAGACACCAAAGCAACCAUCAAAAUCGCUGACGCUAUCGCCAGACAUGAAGAGCGAGUUAUCAUUAUUAGUUCUAAGGAUAAUGAUGAAAAGGUUACUGAUGCAGAGAAAGCUCUUGAGCAAAUAGCACAUUUAAUUUUAAAGGAAGAUGAUAGCAGUCUUGAUUUGUCAAAAGUUGCAGCAGGACAUGUGGCUGCCAAUACAAUUAGACUUUUGAUUGCUGGGUCCCAGGCAGGUGGAUUAAUUGGGAUGUCUGGUCAAAACAUUGAGAAAUUGAGGGACUCUUCCGGUGCCUCGAUUACUGUUCUUGCACCAAAUCAGUUACCUUUAUGUGCUUCUGCCCACGAAUCUGACAGAGUAGUGCAGUUAUCAGGAGAUCUUCCUUCGGUAAUGAAGGCUUUGGACGAGAUAGGUUGUCAACUAAGGGAAAACCCACCAAGACAAGUGAUUUCAAUUAGUCCAACAUACAAUUAUGCUGCAAUUCGACCAUCCCAACCAUAUCUUGACCCAACUUCAGUUGAUUAUGUUACAUUCGAGAUGCUGAUUUCGGAAACGAUGGUUGGUGGGUUGAUUGGCCGAUGUGGCUCAAACAUAUCGAGGAUCAGAAAUGAAUCUGGAGCAAUGAUCAAGGUUUAUGGCGGUAAGGGUGAACAAAAGCAUAGACAAAUUCAAUUUGGUGGUAGUGCUCAACAGGUAGCUUUGGCAAAACAGAGAGUUGAUGAAUAUAUUUACUCUCAGUUGAUACAACAGACUGGCACCCAACAGUCAGCGUAAGUAUUUUCCAUAUGAAUUGGGUCAAUUCAAAUUGUAAAAUUUUCCAGUAAACAAGGAAUAUCUAGUCCAUUGUAAUAAUUAAGAUCUUUCUGUAAAAGUUUUUAUCCCCAUUAUUCUAAAAGGUUGCAUUUUAUAGUUCAUUGAUAGUGUAAAAUUGUUUUAAUGUGCAUUGUGGAUUAAAACCAAUAAACUAUUUUUUAAGUGAUUUA